AUGUCUAGACGCGCAGUGUCUCCGGCGGCCUCUGAGCCCGAGAUGGACAUCUUCGGGUCCAUCUACCCAGGGGACGAUACUAACGGCAAGCAGAAUGGAGCUGCCACUGCCGACACUGAUUUCGACUUUGACGGUCUCAUGAAUGGUCAUGACCAAGGCAACGAGGAUGACGACGAGGCUUUCAUCGCGCUGAAGCAAGCUGCCUCGUUCAGAAAGACCUCGAAUCUCAAGGGCCGCACUGUCAAAAAGGGUGGCGGUUUUCAAGCUAUGGGAAUAAACGCCACUCUUCUAAAAGCCAUUGCCCGAAAAGGCUUCUCGGUCCCGACCCCCAUUCAGCGAAAGACGAUUCCCUUGGUUCUCGACAGAAAAGAUGUUGUUGGCAUGGCGAGAACCGGUUCCGGAAAGACGGCCGCCUUUGUCAUUCCCAUGAUUGAGCGCCUGCGCGCGCACAGUGCAAAGUUCGGCUCGCGUGCCCUCAUCAUGUCACCCUCGCGUGAAUUGGCUAUUCAAACAUUAAAAGUUGUCAAAGAGCUCUCGAAAGGAACGGACCUCAAGGCUGUUUUGCUCGUUGGUGGUGACAGCCUGGAGGAGCAGUUUGGCUUCAUGGCAGCCAAUCCGGACAUUGUCAUUGCCACGCCCGGUCGGUUCUUGCACUUGAAGGUCGAAAUGAAGCUGGACAUAUCCUCCAUCAAAUACGUCGUCUUUGAUGAAGCUGACCGCCUCUUCGAAAUGGGCUUCGCUGCCCAGCUCACCGAGAUUCUUCACGCUCUCCCACUCUCCAGACAAACACUACUCUUCUCCGCCACACUCCCCACGUCCCUCGUCGAGUUUGCCCGAGCUGGUCUUCAAGACCCGAGCCUUGUGCGUCUCGAUGCCGACACCAAGGUUUCCCCAGAUUUGCAAAGCGCAUACUUUAGCAUCAAAGGAGACGAAAAAGAGGGCUCACUACUGCAUAUUCUACACGAUGUCAUCAAGGUGCCUGUUGGCGAGCCGGAGAACAACGAUGAUACUGGAAAGGAUUCAAAAAAACGCAAGAGAGGACCCGAUGGUCCCGCGCGACCCACACAACACUCUACUAUUGUCUUUACAGCAACAAAGCAUCACGUCGAAUAUAUCGCUAAUUUACUACAAUGGGCGGGCUUUGCCGUCUCUCAUGUCUACGGUUCGCUUGAUCAAACAGCACGUCGUAUACAAGUUGAAGACUUUCGUCAUGGCAAGACCAAUAUUCUGGUAGUCACCGACGUCGCCGCCAGAGGUAUCGAUAUCCCCGUCCUUGCCAAUGUCAUCAACUACGACUUCCCCUCACAGCCCAAAAUUUUUGUUCAUCGUGUUGGUCGUACUGCACGUGCUGGCCAACGUGGCUGGAGUUACAGCUUAGUCCGCGAUACAGACGCACCAUACCUUCUCGAUCUGCAGCUUUUCCUUGGAAAGCAGCUUGUCAUUGGUCAAGAAAAAGAAAAGCCGUCAUACGCUGACGACGUUGUCGUCGGCUCCUUGGAGAGAAACUCACUAGAGGAGCAUGUCGAAUGGUUCAACCGGGUAAUACAUGACAACGACGACAUCAGUGCCCUUCAAAAGGUAUCCAUCAAGGCAGAGAGGCUGUACUUGAAGACAAGAAACUCUGCUUCUAGCCAAAGUGCCAAGAGAGCUCGCGAAGUUGUGGCAUCUGGUGCUUGGGUUCAACUUCACCCUCUAUUUGGCAAUGACGUGGACCACGACGAGAAAUCGCGAGCGGAGAUGAUGGCAAAGAUCAGCGGCUUCAGGCCCAAUGAAACCAUCUUCGAGAUUGGCCGCAGCGACAAGGCCUCCAACGAAGCCGCAGACGUGAUGAAGCAACUACGCAAGAAGAUUACUCCGCGAAGAAGACAGGAAGCCGAAGCCGAGGCUGAAGAAGAAAUCGACGAUGACGAAGUCGGCGCGCCAGCGAUGAACGAUUUUGACGAUGCCACGGACGACGAUACCGGUCUUGGUGCCGUGGACGAGGACUCUGACGAGGAUCUCGAGGUUACCGUCUCCAACGCCGGCAAGUCUAAAAAAGACCGUGACGACUGGCGCGACUCUGAAAUAUUCAUGUCCUACACGCCCCGCACGGUUAACGCCGCCGAGGAGCGCGGCUACGGUGUGCACUCGGGCGGCGCCGGGUCCAGCUUCGUCGAGGCCGCGCGCGACGUGACCAUGGAUCUCGGCAACGACGAGUCGGCCAAGUCGUUUGGCGAGGCCAACAAGCAGCGCCUGCGGUGGGACAAGAAAUCCAAAAAGUACGUGUCGCGGCACAACGACGAGGACGGCUCCAAGGGCGCCAAGUUGGUGACGGGCGAGAGCGGCGUCAAGAUUGCGGCGUCAUUCCAGAGCGGCCGCUACGACAAGUGGCGCAAGGCACACCGCAUCGGCCGCACGCAGCGCGUCGGCGAGGACGAAAAGGCGGGCGCCGCGGCGCUGCUGUCGCAGGGCGGCGUGCGGUACAAGCACAAGCAGGAAAAGGCGCCCAAGGCGGCGGACAAGUACCGCGACGACUACCAGGUGCGCAAGAAGCGCGUCGACGAGGCGCGCGAGAAGCGCGUGGGGCGCUUCCGCGACGGCGCCGGCAGCAAAAAGGAAAUCAAGGGCGUGCACGACAUUCGCAAGGCCAGAGAGGAGAAGCAGAAGCGCAAGGAGAAGAAUGCUCGGCCGAUGAGGAAGCGAUCGUAA